GCCUCAUGCGGUGCAUGGUCUUCCCGAUCGUCUUCAUGCUGAGGCUCGGUGCCGUCAACGCACAUAAUGCAUCUUUCGUAUCAGGUGAUAACUUCUCCUUUUCCUUCUCGUUGAUUUUUUUCCCCUUGAUCCACGGAUGUAUUUUUUCACACCCGGCAGUCUACUGCAAUGUCUUUCACGUGGAAUAUUUUCAGCAUUCUCCCGAACGAUAUAAAAGCCUAUUUAGUUGCAGUUAUGUUGAAUAAACAAACACGUGCGGCCCUGUUUGUCUGCGUUACAGGCUCUCAAGGUCGCAUAUUAUUUCUUCCGAGCCGUGAAGGAGUUCUCUCUGCGUUUUCUCGACUCGGCUCGCUCUAGAAACGAGGCCAUUUUCGCUGUUAUCCGUCUCCGAUCGUUCGUUUCGUGUGUGUGCAUGUACUUCGGCAGGUGAAUAGAGUGGAGCCGACAUGGGCAGCGUCUCGGUGUUGGCCCUGGCCCUCUUGAGCCUCGCGUCGUCCUCGCUCGGUCGGGUCGCGGAGCGCGAGGUCAUCCUCGGAUCGGGGGAACUCGGGAAUCCUCACCAGUCCUUUCCGAUAACGAGGAAGGCGUGGGGGAAGAAGGCGGGCGGUGUCCGUCGCCACGUCGGACCGCAUCGGGCUCACCCCGAGCUCAGGAAUGACAACCUCGACACGCCAGGGCUGAUAGCGAAAUUCGGAUACCCGGUGGAGACGCACACGGUCACGACGGCGGAUGGCUACAUGAUAGACGUGCACAGGAUCCCAUAUGGGGUGAAUGAGUCCGACGAGGGAUCCCGGAUCCCCGUCUUCGUUCAGCACGGCCUUCUUUCCUCCUCCGCGGACUGGGUCGUCAGCGGACCCGAGAAGGGACUCGGUUUCAUAUUGGCCGAUGCAGGCUACGAUGUCUGGAUUGGGAACGUGAGGGGGAACACAUACGGCCGACGCCAUGUCAAGUUGUCCCCUAAAGAUGAAGCUUUCUGGGACUUCAGUUGGGAUCAGAUGGGAGAGCUGGACCUGCCUGCAAUGCUGGACAAGAUGUUGAAGAAGACGGGUCAAGACAAAUUCCAUUAUAUAGGUCACAGCAUGGGCACGAUCAUGUUUUGGGUCUUGAGCGACAUGAGGCCCGAAUAUCGAGAUCAUUUCCUGAGUAUGCACGCAAUGGGGCCCGUUGCCAGAGUUGAUCAUAUGAUAAGCCCCAUUGGACUCAUCGCUCCAUUCGCCAAUCAAAUCCAGAGGAUAUUGAAAUGGUUCGGACACUACGAAUUCCUCCCGCACAAUAUAUGGAUGACGUUAAUGGGGAAAUAUUUUUGCUUGCUCUCGGCCGUGGAUGAGAGGAUUUGCGAGAACAUCAUCUUCCUUCUCUGCGGCUACGAUUCCAAGCAAUUGAACGUGUGGUUGUUGGAGAUGUUGGGCCGAUAUGAAUUUAUGCCGAGCUCCGAUUUCAUGGCUUCCCUUGUCUGCAACGAGAACUGGAGACUUCAGAUCGUCUGCACUUCUGUCCUGUUCCUUCUCUGUGGCUUUGACGAGGCGCAACUGAAUGACCAUUUCGAUUGGGGGGAAGAGGUGAAUCUGCAACGCUAUGGUCAGGCAGUACCACCUGAGUAUAACCUGUCCAAGGUUAACACCCCAGUCUUCCUCUAUUGGGGCCAGAACGAUUGGCUCGCCGUUCCCCAAGAUGUUGAAUGGCUAUCGAAGCAAGUACCUAGCUUGAAUGGGAACUUCCGUGUGAACUUCAAUGCCUGGAAUCACCUGGACUUCCUUUGGGGCAUUGACGCCAAGAAACUUGUCUAUGAUAAAAUAACUGACUUGAUGAAACAAUUUGAGUCAUGAAAAGAAACAG